AUGUCGUGCAACUGUAAUGAGCCGACGCGUAGCUAUUAUACAUACUACGACACGCCUGAUGGCUGUGAUGUUUUGAAAAAGACCAUUGUGACCACACGAUACGCAGCAAUAACCGCACUAGCGUUUUCUACCAUCGAUGUUCUGUUCUACUCGCACGCGGUGGGCGUCAUCCCCGUGUUGAAGAGGUAUGUCUACCACAUGGUGCCUCUCGGCUUGAUGGGCGCCACUUUCUCCGUGGUGGCAAAUGGCGCCUUGCAUUUUCGUCAGAAGGACGGCCCCAUCAAUUAUCUGCUAGGUGGUUUGGCGUGCGGUCCGAUUCUCGGCGCGUACCUCCGUUCCGGCCACGCUGUACUCCUCGGCGGGUUGUUUAUGGGCGUGAUCGGCAUGCUGAAGAAGGACGCGGUGGACCACAACUACACGAUCCUGCCGCCCCCGCCCGCCCACAUGGGCUCUGUGUGGAAGUGGCGCCACGACUACACGUUGCGCGCGGACCCGCUCGACGAGAUGCGUCACACGUGCGGUGACGAGGAG